GAAAAGGAAACAAGCCCGCUUCUCAUCUUGGGCACACGUGACACAACACUUCGGCUUAGAACUGCCCCAGACAAAAGUCAAAAUGGAACUAAAAGCUUGGCAGCUCUAAGUUUGCACAGAGAGAGAGAGAGUCACAAGGUUUUACAGGGGCUUUACAUUUCCGGAGGAAAAAAUAAAAGACCACCUACACCACCGCAUGAACAUAAGAAAUCCGAAGGACCCAGAAAGGAAAGCAUGAAUAUGUGGAAAGUAAAUUCACUGAAAGCCCUUAGAUAUCUCCGCCAAUCUGCCGUUAACGACACGACGUCUAGACCUUUCUCUACUUCUUCCCCUUCUUUGAUUCUCAGAAAAACUAAUUGUUCAUCUUCAAGAGCUUUUCCGCUUCCCUACUCCCCUUUGUCUUCCACUAUUCCAGUCCGCUUUCUCCGCACUGGUAGCGACCCAGGCAUCAGCUAUGAGAUAACGCCGCCGGUGAAUUGGGUUCGGAUAGUACCGGAGAAAAAGGCCUAUGUAAUCGAGAGGUUCGGCAAGUAUGCGAAGACUCUGCCUUCAGGAAUCCAUUUCCUGAUUCCGCUGGUCGAUCGGAUUGCCUACGUGCAUUCCUUGAAGGAGGAUGCCAUUCCCAUCGCGGACCAGUCUGCUAUCACUAAGGAUAAUGUCAACAUUUUGAUCGACGGGGUGCUCUACAUCAAGAUUGUGGACCCUAAGCUGGCCUCUUAUGGUGUUGAGAAUCCCAUAUAUGCUGUGAUUCAGCUUGCGCAAACAACAAUGCGUAGUGAGCUUGGUAAGAUCACUCUCGACAAGACGUUUGAGGAAAGAGACACGCUGAAUGAAAAGAUAGUGGAGUCUAUCAAUGUGGCCGCAAAAGAUUGGGGUCUACAGUGCCUCCGUUAUGAAAUAAGGGAUAUAUCUCCUCCUCGUGGAGUGAGGGUAGCUAUGGAGAUGCAAGCAGAAGCAGAACGCAAAAAGAGAGCUCAAGUUCUUGACUCUGAAGGAGAAAGACAAGCCAACAUCAAUAUUGCUGAUGGAAAGAAGAGUUCUGUAAUCUUACAAUCUGAAGCUGCAAAGAUGGAUCAAAUUAACAGAGCCCAAGGUGAAGCAGAAGCAAUCCUUGCUAAAGCAAGAGCAACAGCUGAAGGACUUGCCACGGUAUCACAGGCAGUCAAGAAAAAUGGUGGAAUAGAGGCAGCGAGUUUGAGAAUUGCUGAGCAAUAUAUUCAUGCCUUCAGUAAUAUUGCCAAGGAGGGCACGACAAUUUUGCUUCCUAGUGGAGUUGCCAAUCCUGCCAGCAUGAUGGCUCAAGCACUCACUAUGUUCAAAAGCCUGAUUGGUAACGUUUCCAGUGAUAGGUCUCAGAAAACCUCUUCCCCUGUAUUACCAAUAGGCGGAAAAAGAAAUGCUUCCUCUGGAGAAACUGGAAAUGAGAGUGCCACCGCUCAUAAAACAGCCGAUAAAGGUCUUCUUGGCAAUAGCAAACCAGGAUUUUCACUUCAGAGCCCUUAUAAAGGAGCAUAGAGUUGAAUCCCGCAGAAAACCUUAUGGAUUUUUUAUUUUAUUUUUAUUUUUAUUUUUUUUUGUUCCUUCAGUUUUGUGGGUUGUUUCUCUAAUUCUACUUUUAAGUUUCUAGAUGAUUCGGAAAGAGGAAAGCUGAUGAUUAUGGUAGAUUGAUUGUAGGAUGCCUACUCUUUUGGCACUUGCCAUGUCAUAUGGACAAUUAGGAUGUCUUUUAUUAGGUACCGGCAAAAUCAAACAAAGGAAUGGAAAACUUUUCCGGUUAUGAGUUAGAACUUUCAGUUUUUGUUA